CUUUUCUCUUUCUGAGAGUUGAAAGAAAUGGGGCAGAGUUACAUCAGAUUUACUUAACUCCCCGUGGACCAGGAGUAUAAAGGACCCUGGAGUCUGACAGACUGCACCGAAUUCCUGAAUCAACUCAUCUGAGAGAACUUCAACCUGAGCUCAAGACCAUCAUCCAACAUGAAAUUCCUCCUCGCCAGUGUUCUGCUCAUCAGUUGCUUGUCGAGUAUCUCUGAAAGUGCAGUUGUCCGGAUUGGGGCAAACGAGUUCUCGUUGGAGGAGGUAACACAGCUAAAGGACCUGAUGGACGAGGAAACCAUUAAAAUGCCCUGCUAUUCCUUUGUUGGAACCUCUACACUGUGUAACAACCCAGCUCUCCCUGAGAAGUUCAAACCCCUCUGCAGCAAGGGAGAUGCUCCUCAGAUAUUUUGCACACUGGGUCAGAUAGCUGCCUACCCAUACGCCUGUGAAAUCUGUUCCUAUUCAGCGUGUGCUGGCUGUUUCUAAGCCCGUGAAAUCCAACCAAACCGGUGGCUCCAGCACCAUUUCCACUGUUUCUGUCAUUAAUCUUCGAAAAUCCAAUGAAACAAAAUUCUGAGUAUCUAGUCUUUAAGUUCUUAAUGUGCCAGUAAGAUUGAUAAUUAAAAAGGUCACUUUUUGUGUUUUAAUUCUUGGACCUAUAUAUAAAUCAGAAAAGUCCAUUCUUGAUUUAGCCCCAUAGUCAAUACAAUCUUCAGAAAAUGUUGUAAUGUGAAUGUAAGCUCCGGUGAUCUCUCUCAAUGCAAACAAAGAAAUAAAGCUUCACUUUGCUCCC